AUGGCAGAAGCAGUGGCUGUCGUCAGUGGAAUAUCUGCAUUUGUGCAAAUAAUCGACUUCAGCAGCACGAUAUUUAUCAGGCUCAAAGAGUAUAAGGACCUUGUCGGCGAGCUGCCAAACUAUCUGAAAGACGUCGACACGCAAUUACCGCUGAUAUGCAAGACUCUCGAUCGAAUCAAGAUGCAAACAGAGCGUGGAACCCUGCCUAAAGAGACGCAGGACAUUGUUUAUUCUGUUGUUAACGGCUGUCGUUCACAAAUUGAGUUGCUACUGCAAAAGAUCGAUAAAGUUAUACCCAUCAGCUCCUCAAAGCGCGAGCGCAUGAAGAAGGCAUCUCUCAGCUUGUUCUACGACAGAGAUAUUCAAGCACACCUGAAAACACUGGAACAGUAUAUGCGGACCUUGACCAUGCAUGUUUCGGUGGGAAGCGAUGCACCACACACAGCCUCGCAACCCCAAUUUACUCCGUCAAAAGUGAAGAUGCACGUACCAUUCAAAAGAGACCCGGAUUUCAUUGGACGCACAGAGAUUCUUGCUGAGGUUGAUCGUCGGAUAAAAGAACGUGGCCAAGUAGCGCUAGCGGGUAUUGGAGGUGUAGGAAAAUCGCAAAUAGCCAUCGAAUAUUGCUAUCGCUUUCGGGAGCAGUUCCCUGAUUCCUGGAUUUUCUGGAUCUAUGCUGCUAGCGCCACACGAUUCGAACAGGCAUACAGAUCUAUAGCAACCGCUGCGGCUAUUCCAGGUUGGGACGAUCCAAAGACAGACAUUUUCAAUUUGGUCGCCAACUGGUUCAAAGAUUCGGACCGCUCAUCGAAAUGGCUUCUGGUUUUGGAUAAUGCAGACGAUUCCGAGACAUUUUUUGGCUCAAGCAACGGUCACCUAGUCAAAUAUAUUCCCCGAAAUGGAUCACUCCUUGUUACGACGAGGGAUAUGCGAGUCGGUCAAAAGCUGACAGACCGUGAGCAAGCUAUGGGAGUCAGCGAAUUGAGUGUGGAGGAAACCAAAAUGCUUCUUGAAUCAAAGAUUCACGAUUGCAACAUCUGGGACGAUGAAAUCGCCACUGAACUAUUGGAAGCGCUCGAAUAUUUACCACUUGCGGUCACCCAAGCCGCAGCGUUUAUCUCUGAAAAUCAGAUGACUAUUGCUGCAUACCUUCAACGUAUCAAAUUGGCGGAAUCAGAGCUGCAGGAGUAUUUGAGCGAAGAAUUGGAAGACUCUCGACGAGACUUGCAGGGCCAGAACUCCGUCAUGCGAACCUGGAAGAUAUCUUUCGAACAGAUAUCCCGACAAAAUCCGAGAGCGGCAGAGAUCCUUUCAAUGAUGGCUGUUCUGGAUCGGCAGGGCAUUCCGGGCAUUCUUCUUCAAAAAAAAAGGCGAAACUAUUGCUUUCGAUAA